AGAGAAGAAGAUGCGAGCACAAAAAGAGGAGAGAGGAAGAUUUAAAGAGAAAGAGAGAGGAGCAAGGGGCGUAGGGAGAGGAUAAGUGAAAGCAAAAAUCUUUCAACUCUUAUUUUCUUGAAUAUCGUUUAUCAUACAGAACCAGCUAAGAAAGCUGAAUAUAGUUCUGAAUCUGCAAUUCCGGUGACCUACUUUACGUUUCCGGCAAACAAUGCUUGGUUACCGGUGAUGAGAGAUAAAAAUAAUACCAUUCUGUCUACAACGGAUUUCUUCUUUCGAAAAUUAAAACAGAGAUGGAGAGAAAUAGGGAAGCUAGAAGAGUAAGUAUGGCCGCGGCCAAUGGUUUAGCACCUAGAAGACGACAUAGAAGCAGCAGCAUAAGAGAUUCCCCAGAGGAUGAUGGGCCGGUGGAGUUGCAGGAAACGGCGAGGCUACGAGAUCGAGGGACUGGGAAAAAGGAUCGAGAUCGGGAUAGAGAGAGAGAGCGAGACCGAGACCGGGACCGGGACCGGGACCGGGAACGUGACAGAGAGAGGGACAGGGACAGGGACAGAGAUCGGAUGAGCAGCAGGGGCAAGAGAAGAAGAGGAGACAGGUUGAUGCACGGGAGCAAUAGAGAAGAUGGUGGCGAUGAGAGCUCAGAGGAGAGUGUAAAUGACGAUGAGGACGAUGAAGAUGAUGAUGGAGGUGGUGUUGGUAGCUCCAUGAGGAUGCUCCCACCAAAUCCUUCAUCCCUAUCUUCAUCUUCUAUGUCUAAUCAUCACCAUCGGAAAAGCUUCCCGCCGCCAGCGAAAGUUUUUAGAGCCGCGCCGGCGACGGCCCUAUGGAAGGCACCCGAUGAGAUGAUUGGCGUGUCGGUUCCUAGAAAAGCUCGGUCAGCUUCUACUAAGAGGUCACAUGAAUGGGCUUCAAGUUGUGGAGUAGGUAGUGAGCAAAUUCACCGGCAAGCUUCCACGUCUCCGGUGAGAUCGAGUGGACCAAGCGUUGCAGCGAUGUUGGCUUCGGCGUCCGCUUCCCCUGCUCCAGUCUCGCCGUCUUCUUCUAAUGCUUCGAUUAAGAAGAAGAUGAAGCCUAAUGGCCCCAAGCAGAGGCUGCCAAAAUCUUGUACUAAGUUUACUUCCUCAGCUCAGGAGGAGAUUGAAAUCGAGAUCGCUGAAGUGUUGUAUGGAUUAAUGAGGCAGCCUCAAGUACCUACAAAACCUGAAAUUGUUGUUGCAAAUGAUUCAAUUAAGUUUGAUUUGAGGGAAGUGAGCAAUCAUAAGUCAACCGUUGAUGCCAAAUCCAGAGUUUCGUCACCGAUCUCCAACUCACCUUCCACCAUACCUCAUUCUUCUUCAAUUCCUCCAACUAAUUCUAGCUCAUCUGCCACUCCCAUGUCUGCAACAGCGCCAAAGAGAAAAAGGCCGCGACCAGUCAAGUACGAGGACGAGAAUCCAUCAGUUUAUCAUGUGCGGAAUAGUUCCAUUUCGUCGACAAUCAAGGUAGAUAUCGACCAGCCUCCCAAAAUCGAAACUUGUUCUCCCAACUUGGAUAAGAAUUCAGGAUCCGCAGCUGAAAAUGGCGUGGUUCCGCAUGAUACCCCAUCUAGUCAAGCUGUGCCGGUUCCUACAGAAGCACAGCCGCAGCAGGAGCAGGUGCAAGUGAUGUCUGAGAGUAAUCCGUUGUUGGAUUCAAAACACUGCGUGCAAGAAUCGGAGAGUAAGGAUUUAGAUGUGAGCAAAGAGGAGCCUCGAUCGCCGAAGAGAGAAUCUUCUCAAGUUGGUCUUAGAUUGGAUGAUCGUGAGAGUGUGACAGCGACUAAAGCGAUUUCGACGAUUUCUGAUGUUGAAACCCAGCGAGAAGAGAAGUUCCAGAUAGAUCUGAUGGCUCCACCUCCAGUAAGAUCAUCUCCAGAAAGGGACAGUGAGAUUGUUUCUGUGGCUGUAGAUCCUAAACCUGGAAUCACAGAUUUGGAAACGUUGUUUCAUGUGCAGGAAAUGAAACCGGCCGUUAAGGAAGAAGAUAAGGCAGUGAAAAUGGGAAAAGAUGUGAACGUGGAACCGCAGGAGAAAAAGACAGAAGUGGUAGCCGAAGAAAUUGAAUCCCAUAAACCAAAUGUUAUUCUUAAUAAAGAGAGGAAUUUUGAUCUGCAACUUGAUUUAGAGAAAUCUGAUAAAGAUAGUGGCGUCGUUUCCGGAAGUGGUAGCAAGGCGCACCAACAUGUUCAAAAACAACUGCAGCAGCAGCAACCAAACACCGACAAAGCUGCUCAAUCAAAUUCUCUUCCUCUACCCAUGUCAAUGGCUAGCUGGCCGGGUGGGCUUCCUCAUAUGGGAUAUAUGGCACCUUUACAAGGAGUUAUAUCCAUGGAUGGAAGCGCUGUAGCUUCUGCAGCUAUACAGCCUCCGCAUUUGCUUUUUAGUCAACCAAGGCCGAAGAGGUGUGCAACGCAUUACUACAUUGCACGGAAUAUUCAUUAUCACCAACAAUUUACAAGGAUGAAUCCUUUCUGGCCAGCGGCAGCUGGUUCUGCUUUACAAUUUGGGGCAAAGGCCUGCAAUGUCAAUGUGGUUCCAUCUACAGAUUUCCAUUCCAGUAAGGGUAUGAACUCUGCGCAAGACAAGGGUCAUGGUCUGGCCAUCUUUCCUGGUCAUACUGGGAAAGAGAAGAGCUCUCAAACUUCAAACGUUAUAGACACUGCACAGAGAAAGCAGAUUUUGCUUCAGCAACCUCUAGCCCCAGGAGCACCUAGCAAUAUCUUGCAUGGGCCUGCCUUUAUCUUCCCUUUGAACCAGCAGCAGGCAGCAGCAGCUGCUUCUGUCCGUCCUGGGUCAGUAAAGUCUCCUGUCACAGGUAGCACAGCUUCAUCAAGCGCCUGUAAUUCUGCCUCUAUCAGUGCUGCCACGACAGCUGUUGCUGGUGCCACAACAAUGAGCUUCAACUACCCAAAUAUGUCAGGCAAUGAAACCCAGUACUUGGCAAUUUUGCAGAACAGUCCAUAUCCAAUACCAAUUCCUGCACAUGUAGGUGCGACGACAACUUAUAGAGGAACCGCUCCUCAGCCAAUGCCUUUCUUCAAUGGUUCUUUUUAUUCGUCUCAAAUGAUCCAUCCUCCUCAGCUUCAGCAACAGCAGCCACCUAUGCCGCACUCUCAACAAGGCCAGCAGGUUCAUCAGAACUCGAGCAUUUCUAGUGGUUCCUCAUCAUCCCAGAAGCAUUUGCAGAACCAGCAGCAGAGGCUGCAUGGCAGUGGCAUUAAUAGUGGUAGUGGAAAUUUGCACGGCUUUCCCAACUCAAAAAACCAGCCACCACAGUCAUCCCAGCUUCAGCAGCGGCAUCAGAUGCAGAACCAGAAUGUCCCUCAUCAAGCUCGGCAACUUGACAGUGAAUUCGGUGGUGAAGAUAGCCCUUCUACUGCUGAUAGUCGAGUCUCUCGAACAAACAUGAGUAUUUAUGGUCAGAAUUUCGCAAUGCCCAUACAGCCGCCAAAUUUUGCUUUGAUGACUCCACCAACUAUUGGAGGUGCCAGUGCCAGUGGCAUUCCAGCUGAAAAGAAGCAGCAGCAGUCACAGCCACAGGGUUCAAAGGUUGGGAUAGAACCUUCUCAGGCUUUUGCCAUGUCAUUUGCCUCCAUUAAUGGAGCUGCUACUUCUUCCAGCCUUGAUAUUUCAGCAUCUGCACAAAAUCAUGCUAUCCUGCAAAGUCUCCCAGAGGCUGCAAGGCAUGGAUAUCACUUCAUGGCAGCUGCUGCAGUUGCCCAAGCAGCACAGCAGAAGAAGAAUUACCGUGUUUCUGAAGAAGGGAAAACCGGGGGAGCUGAUGGUUCUAAUGUAGAAGAAGAGAGAAAGGUCAUACCUGGAGGAAAGGCUCAGUUAAAUUCUGGGCAAUCAAUUGCAUUCUCCAGGCCCGAUUUAACAGAUACAUCUGUUUCCACCAUUCCUGUCAGUACUGUGAUUGAUAGCUCAGCGCGAACUCUUAACCUUGGGUCUGCUUCUGCACGGGUCACUGGUUCUGCCAUGCCAAGCUCUAUCAGCACCAUAAAUGCUUCUAAUGUGCAACAACUGCAGCGGAAUCAGCAGCAGCAGCAGCAGCAGCAGCAAAUUAUUCAGCUUCAAAAGCAGCAACAAUUUGCAGUUGCAGCAGCUGCUUCUGCUUGGAGCAAAACACCAGCAACAAGUAAUGGAAGUGUGUACACAGAUCACAUAUCUUCUUCUUCCUCAAUGGCUGGCAAGUUCCCAAAUUCAUUAUCUGGAUUCCCUUCCAUUCUCGUCCAGAGCAGCAGUAGUCCAGCUCAUUCUCCACAGUGGAAGAAUUCUGUUAGGACCACCACUUCCCAGGUUCCUUCCCCAUCUAUUUCCUCCACUUCAUCAUCCUUAAAAAACCUUCCCCAACAGCAGGGCCGUGUCCAGCAAGGCCAUGCACAGAUAUCAUUUGCAUCCAACCCAAAACCAUCAGCUGCGCCUCAAGGGCAAUCAGCUCCAAGUAGUACCCAAUCUCCUUCUCCUCCAGUGGUAGUUGGCUCUCCAACAACUUCCUCAAUUUCUAAGGGUGCUGGUGGGAGCCCAAGGACGACCUCCACUUCCGCAACUAACAAAGGAGCGCAAUCAUCAAUUCUGUCAUCUCAGCAGGGCAAGAACUCGUCAGUGCCUACACAAAAAUCACCUCCAGUUGGUGGGAAAAAUAUUCCUUCAAUUCUCGGCCAUCCCCAUAAUUCCCCCUCUACAUCUAGCUCUGUUACCAAGCCUCAGUUGACACCGCAGCAGCAGCAGCAACUACAUGCAUUGCAGCAGACCCAGAUGCUAUACAAUGGUAGUUAUAUGCAAGCCCAGGUUCAACAUGCUGCGAAUUCAACACAUACAACAUCAGUAGCAAGUGGACUUUAUUUCCAAAGGCACCGCAGUGAUCAACAGCAACAACCACAGGUCUCAUCAGCUGGGAUGUUGUGUUCUCCUGUGUCAGUUCCCAACACCAUCACUACUGAUCCUGCAAAGGCAGUGGCUGCUGCAACAGCCGCAAGCAAUAUGAAAGGUGGUGGCUUACCUUCGCAAGGUCUUAUCCAUGCUCAGUUUUCUGCUGCACAGACUACUGGGAAGCCACAUCUUGUCCCUGCUGGCUUCCCUUAUGUUCAUGCUGUUCAGGUGAAGCCAGCAGAGCAGAAACAACCUGCUGCAGAGUAGAAUCCUGUCUCAUGUACUUGGCAAUCCCCAACACAAGAAGCUAUGAGAGCAAGUGAAGCUGAACAAUUGGUGGAUGGGGCUUGUGCACCCUUGUGGUAAUGAGAAGAACUGAGAGAAGUGAUGAAUGUUCAAGGAAGCAUGCCUUUCAGGUUAGACCCACAUUUUUGAGAAGGAAGUUGAGAAGGUGGGAAGGGGACACGCAUCUCGCAAAUUUGUGCUUCGCUUGAAUGUCCAUUGAUCUCCGCAUAUUUGUGUUAGUAGGCUGAAGUGGUUAAUCUUCAGCUUUCUAAUGAAAAUUCAAUUUAUUUGGUGGCCAAGAGAAUGGACAGUGAAACUAAGGAAAAGGUCUGCCAGUAAGUGUUUUUGUAGGGUUCAAGAGGUAAUAUUCAGAUGAUGGUGAUGAUUGAGAGGAAGGGUAAGAGAAAAAGGAUCUACUACCUUUCUCCUUUUUGGGAUGGCAAUGGAGGAUUUUUCACUUUUGUUAGAUUUUUCUUUCUUUUUCUUGGGGGUCUGGGUCUAAUUUUAUUUUCCAGAAAGAACAGUAGACAAUAUCUUUGAAUAUAUAUAUAUAUAUAUAUGCGAUGGAGGGGUGUGUAUGUAUAUGUCUGGCACAUAUAAAGGGUAAGCCCUCUCAGUUCUUUUUUUUUUUUUUUUUUAAUUGAAAGAAUAUCUUUCUUCAUUGGUUCUUCUGAUGCCAUCACCAUGUAUUCUUUCCUUGUUCGGCACCAAAGUCCAGCUCUAGUUUCAGUGGUGGGAAAGAGUAAAGAGAUGGAGAAAUUAAUAGCAAAAGGGGUUGGUUCAAACUUUGAGUUGUGGUAUGGAGAAUAGAAUUUGAAGGGGCAGUAGCUCCUCCACUCCAAUUUUGGUAGGAUUCAAUUUUUUUUUUUUAAAAAAAAUUUAUGCAUGUGGGCCAAAGCAAAACCUCCCCACUUUGUUGUUUAGUGUGUAAAUAUAUAUACAUGGAGAGAUAGAUACCGUCUCUCCUUUGACAAAAGUGGGUUGUUGAAAACGGUGAGUGUCUUUAUUGUCUCGGUAUCUUGC